CUCCCAAUUAUAGUUUACUUUUGUUAUUCAGAGAAUUCUAUCACCAUCAAUAAAAGAAAUUCCUUUCUUUCAUUAUUCUUUUGGUUUAUUGUGAGUGUUGAGAGUUCAGACACGUAACAUUUGGUCCGACCUGUCGGAUCGAUAGAGAGGAGUGAGAGGCCAACUGGAUUGACAGAGAGGAGUGGAAGACAUCAUGGAGGGAAGGAUGAAAGCAGUCGAAGGGAAACUAGAGCACAUUGGGCGGAAACAGGAGAACAUGGAAUUGUCCAUGGGGGGAUUGGAGAUGGAGAUGGCGGCGAUCCGCAAAGAUUUGCAAGAACUGAUGAGAAUGAUGGGAGGACGAGCCCGUCAACUAGAUGAGGAGCAACCCAAUUGGAGACAAAGGGGAGUGUCAGAGGAAGAGGAGGUGCGCCUAGCCUACAUCCGUAUGGAGGGAAGUGCUGGAUACUGGUUCAGAGUUUGGAAGGAGAAAGCCAAGAAUCGUUUGUGGGAAGAUCUAAAGGGGGAAUAGUGUGGCGAUUUGGAGAACGGAACAGGGGCACAAUCGUUGAAGGGAUGGCGACCAGUAAGCAGUCGGGGACCAUGGAAGACUACGUCCAAACUCCGAACGGGAAAGGACUUCUGGAACCAAACGGUAGAAGACUGACAGAACUGAACGUGAAAGGAUGGUCGGAACCGAACGUGAGAGAACUGUCGGAACCGAACGAGCUAGGACUACCGGAUGCGAACAGGAGAGGGCUAUAGGAAUCGAAUGGUAGCAGACUGUUGGAUCCGAACGUGAGAGAACGGUCAGAACCUAAAGAGAGAGGACUUCCCGAACCGAACAGUAGAGCACAACCGUAACCGAAUGUGAGAAAACUGUUGGAACCGAACUGGCUAGUACUGGAAGGAAGAAUGAAGGCUUUGGAAGGAAGGGUAGAUGGAAGAAUCAAUGCCCUGGAGAGAACAAUGGAUUCUUUGAGGUGGGCCAACAAACAAAAAAUGGGGCAUGCAAUUUUUGAUAUAGCGGCAGAAGGGAGAGAGCGGCAUGAAGCAUUGAAAGACAUCGAAGACCGUUUUCUCAGGGCUUACGAUUCUGGAAAAGAGGUGACCAGAAUGCUGGAAGCUAAUAGAACCCAGGAAGAAUGGAGGUUAGUGAAGGAGGAAUUGCCACCACCCAAGCCUCCAGACCUGACUUGGAGGGUAGUUGCCAAAGGAUUCCCUUCAUAUGAUAACACGAUGAUGAAGAGGAGCCAGUAGAUCAAGUUUAAAAUUUCCAACUGUUAGAGAUAUUAUAUUUAGUUUAUAUUGUGUUUAUGUUAAUUAGGGAAAUAUAGUCCCUAUAUGUUUAUUAGGGAAACAUUGUUCUUAUUUUAUUUUAU